AUGGCAGCGCAAGAGUACUUCGGUGGCAGCAGUGCCACCCCCGCCAACCCUGAUCGCCGUCAGCAGAACCCCUCUCCUUGGUCAUCCCCAGCUGUCGACACUCCCAGCUCCACCGGGUACGGCUCGUAUCCUCCAUCCGUCGAGAACGGCCAGGACCGAUACGGCUCCUCUUCUCCUUACCCCCCUCAGGGCGCUGGUGGCUACAACCGACCCUACAGCCCGUACCAGCCACACUCGCCUCAACCCGGCUACCAGAACCCCGAAUACUCAUCCUACGGUGGACGCCCACCCUACCCACAGCACGAGCAGCCUUCGCCAUACGGCCAGCCACCCUCUGAGUCCAGACCUUACCCGCCUUACCCUCAGCAUGAAGGGUACCCUUCCCACCAGCAGCCCCCUCCCUACUCUCCCGAGUCGUCCACCGACCCCGCCGCAGCCGGUGAAGGCGAUAAGGGUAUCAUGGGCGCCCUCGCUGGCGGUGCAGCUGGUGGCUUCGCAGGACACAAAGUCAACCACGGCUUCCUCGGCACCAUCGGCGGAGCCAUGAUGGGCUCGGUAGCCGAAGACGCAGUGAAGAAACACAAGGAGAAGAAAGAGCACGAGGAAGAAGAACGUCGUCGCAUGGAAGAGCGUCGCAGAAUGGAGGAGCACUACAGAAUGGAAGAACAGCGUCGCAGGGAGGAACAGCAGAGGAUGUCUCAGCAGCAUCACCACCGACCUCCUCCGCAUCACGGCGCGCCUCUGCGCGGAAACUUCUCUGCUUCAUCCCGGGAUAUCCGCCUUGAGAGCCACCACGAUCUAGUGGCAGCCUGUGGACGGGUCUCGGGAGAGUUGCAGCUCUCGGUACUUCCUUUGAAUAGUGUGUUGGCUAACCACUGGGGAAAGUUCGCGUGGGAGCGGAAUGGAAACUUUGCUGCGUCGGCUAGGAAUGUUCGCUUGGUUGAUGGGGGACGUGUGCUGGAGGCGGAGUUGGCGGAUGGGAACGAUGGCUGGAAUCGGACCUGGAUUCGUCUGGAUGAGAGGAUUACGAACCAGAACGGCCAGCUGAUGUUCCUGGAUUAG